AUGAAGUGCGUUUCAUUGCCGUUGCUGGUGAUUGCCUCUAGUCUAUACGAGUCAGCACGGUCACAAUGUCCAGAUUACUCUCAAUAUUCUCAGCAGGUUCAUCAACCACUGAGUACUGGCCGGUAUCAGCUUUCAUACAUGAGGCCGUCGCCGGAAUGUCGAACUUUCAACUCUUCUGUAGUGGAGGACACUAUAACAAGUAUGAAGUCCGUCAUCAAGGAUCCAGAUUUAUAUCGAAUUUUCGAGAACUCGUUCCCAAACACACUGGACACUGCUGUCAAAUGGAGAGGGGUUGCAGCCAACAAUUCAGCUGAAGAGCUUACCUUCUUGAUCACAGGAGAUAUAAAUGCCAUGUGGUUGCGAGAUUCGGCAAAUCAAAUGCAAUCGUACCUCCCACUGGUGAAAGCGAAUACAUCGACAAACUCACUUGCAUCUUUAUAUCGUGGUGUGAUCAAUCUCCAAGCGCGGUACAUCUUAGAAGCUCCGUUCUGCAACUCCUUCCAACCGCCUGUUGAAUCAGGAAUUGGUCCCUCUCAGAACCAGCAAACACCCGACGAGUUUACCCCACCGGUAUCAACGAAGAUUGCUUUCGAAUGUAAAUAUGAACUAGAUUCUCUCGCAGCAUUCUUGGAGAUAUCGACAAACUAUUAUGAGGCAACUGGGGACAUUGAAUUUUUCAGAAAAUUCCAAUGGGUGUCUGCGAUCAACGCCAUUAUUUCGACAACCGAGAGUUUACUCAUUGGAACAUAUGCUGCGAAUGGUAGUGUGAAUACUAUUCCAUACACGUGGGAACGUCAGACUACUUCUGCAACCGAAACUUUGGACAACGGUGGGAGAGGAAACCCGGUGCAGGAUGGUACUGGGUUGAUCCGGUCUGCUUUCCGGCCAAGUGAUGAUUCAACCAUCUAUCAACUUUUCAUACCAGCCAACAUGAUGUUCGCACGCUAUCUUGAUUCUGCUUCAGAAAUCAUGGCCAAGAUUGGAAAUCAAAGAAAUACAGCAAAUCACAUGCACAACUUUGCUGGCAGAAUCCGAGCUGCAAUCACUCAAUAUGGCAUCGUAACGCACCCGAAGUAUGGACAGAUUUAUGCUUUUGAAGUUGAUGGAUAUGGGUCUCAAAACAUCAUGGACGACGCAAACAUCCCCUCCCUCCUCUCCGCCCCCUUCUUCGGCUAUCUCAACGUCUCAGACCCCGUCUACCAAAACACGCGCAAACUAAUCCUCUCCAAAGACAACCCCUAUUUCAUGCGUGGCCCCGUCAUCAACGCCGUCGGCGGUCCUCAUGCCGGUCUCGGUCAGGCAUGGCCAAUGGCAUCUAUCAUCCGCAUUUUCACGUCCUCGUCGACCUCGGAAAUUCAGACUGCGCUAAAGGAGAUUGUGAGUUCGACGGAUGGAUUGGGGUUGAUUCAUGAGAGUGUUAAUAGUUUUGAUGCGCAUAAGUGGACGAGACAGUGGUUUAGUUGGGCGAAUGGGCUGCUUGGGCAGUGUUUGUUGGAUUUGCAGGAGAGGGGGUUAGGUGGGGUGCUGGCUGCUAGUUAUCAGUGA